AUGUCCGACUUUUAUCGCCAGAUGAAUCAUUUCGCCACCCCGGGCCCGAUCAAAAACCUCGGCUUCAAGCUAUUCAAUCACCACGGUCACUUGAGAGAGGAAUACAAAGAGCACAUCGUCAAGAAGGGGUCUGGCAUCUGGGGGUCGGAGCUAGACACUGGUCUUCUCCUUCUGCUCAACGAUCAUUUCAAGAAGCCUGUGUAUGCGUUUGUCAAUUCAUGGGAAAGCACUGCAAAGGGAUCGACUCCUUGCACCUUCCACGAUGAUCAAGAACAACGUUUCCGUGAUCUAGGAUUCCGACGUGUGGGCAACACAAAAUUCUUCGCCUUGUCGAGCGACGUCAGCCAUUCGUGCUAUCGCCUACCCGCAGCAGAUGAUUUCGAUCCUGCGCCUUUACAGCCAUCCAAAGGUACCGAAGACUUCAUGAACAUUGUCGUCGACGUCCUUGCAUCUCCAGACCACUUGUUCCGCGAAAAGCUGGAUACUAAAUACAGUGAGAUGAGCUCGGAGGAGGUUUAUGGGGUUGUCCUACACUCUUCAGGUGGCAACCUCCUUCACAUUGUUGCUCUCAGUGGGAUGUACCAAAGUGCAGCUUGUAUGGUUGCCCGCUGGCCUGAACUGCGUGAUGCGAGGAAUGAUGCGGGUGAAACCCCGCUUGAGGCUUUGGAAUGGCUGAUCGAGGAGGAUAAAAUGAGACUCGAAUACUUCGAUGCGAGUGAGCGAUUUAGGCAUGGAUGGCUCACGCCCAAGAACACUGAAGAGACCUUAGCUGUGCUACGUGGAUAG